GGAACAAAAACAGCAGAAGGUUAUGUCUUCAGCCGUCGUUCACUUGAAUAAAUUUACAGUAUAGUCAUGAUCAUAUUCAUUUUUAAUCAGUUCGGCCUAUUAUAAUGCUUUGGAAAAAAUCAUAAGGUGGAAAUGGCGGGGUUGGGGCUGGAUAUCCCUUCGGUCCAGGGAAGAGGCUACUGUCCGUCCUUUCCGACAUGUUCAAGCCAUUCUUUUUUGCGGUUAGGGUCAUACUCAACAGCGGAGAGAUCUGCGUCCAUCAACCCAGAAUCUACUAACCUAUAUGGGCAGGGUUCGUGCUCGUCAGUCUCCACCACUUCACCAGCUGGCUUCGGCUGUUGUUUUGGAAACAGUCAUUACAGUUUCAAAAUACAAUAUAGUACUGGAUUUCAGCAGGACAUAAUUAAGCAAACUUUAAAUGAACAUUUAAAGGAAUCGCUUACGGAUACUUCAAGUGUCGCAAGACAGAUGCACUGCAACGAACUACCAGUUAAGACCAAAGAGUACGGUGUUUUCCAAGACUUCACAGGUUCUUCCCCACGGAUUCCAGGAUAUGUCGAUGUACCUGCUUCUGGAUCCUCUGGGCGCGAUAUUAACAUUGGCUGUCAGUGGAAUUGGUCAAGUAACUGGAGCAGACCGAUGUCUUUCAUAAAAAAUCAGACCGUGAACCCGCAUGUGUGGAAAUCUUAUCUUGCAGAGGGAACAGCUCUAAGCCAGCCAGAUGUCAACAGUGUAUUACGACGUGGGAAGAAGAAACGGGUGCCUUAUACAAAGCUGCAGCUCAGGGAACUUGAAAAAGAGUAUACAACUAGCAAGUUUAUUACCAAAGAUAAAAGGCAACGGAUCGCAUUUUCAACCAAUCUAUCGGAGAGGCAAGUCGUCAUUUGGUUUCAGAAUCGUAGAGUCAAAGAUAAAAGGUUGCUUAGGAAAUCAACGUGAAUUCUACUGCUGAAUUUCAAUGAAUGUUUGGGACGACGCGGCGUGGACGGCAAAUAAUCCAGUGAAUAUGUAGGCCUAUAUCCUUCCCUUGGUAACUUUAAUUUCAUGCGUAUUUCUGUUUUUUUUUCUUUUUUUCCUGAGUUCUGUGCUCGUGGGUAAUAAACAGAAUAAAAAAUAAAAAAAAUUGUUUUAGACACUGAAUGCUUGUCGCUAAGAUGGCACUUCAAUAUCUUAUAAAAGCUGAUGUGAGAUGUAUCGCGUAUUUGAUUUUCUUUCCAGGUCAGGUUUUUAAUAAAGUACGUCUUAAUUACCUUUAUUUGUCAAUUUUUUUUAAUGAAAUUAAAUCAUAUUUUCUUGUUAUGUUGACAGCAUUUAGAUUAGUCUAACGUUCAGACGAUUUUCCAGAAAAGUCUCGCCGUAACAUUUACAUGGAGCUACGAAUAAAGCUAUCAAAGUAUAUUUGGCUUAUUAAGGUAUACGAAAUAAAACGUUUGACAAGUUUAUUUUUUGUAGUUAAUUAACUUAUUAUUAUUAUUUACUUGAAAAUAAACAUUACAACUGGAAUAGGGCUAUUUGUGACUGAUGGCGGUUUAUAGUUUACAGAAUUCGGUCAACCAGAUGUACUGUAAACAUUUUAGAGGGAAGCCUAAACAUAUUUUAUAUAUCCUCUCAUCGAAAACAAGUGGUUACUUUAUUGAAAAGGAAUCGAAUUCACAUGCAUUAUUGUGCAUCGCGUUUUCGUUGUCGUGUAAAUUAUUUGCUAAAUGAUUAUGGAACCAAGAAAAUGGUCUGUGACAUUUUACUUACUUAAAAGAGAAGAAAAAACAUGAAUAUCGCGCUAAUUUAUUAUUAUUAUUAUUUUUUGCUUUCUCAACAAGUUUUUCUUUAUAUGUAAUCACUAGGCUAUAAACAUUAAAAAAUAUUUAAGUCAUGCAACAAUUAAGUUUAUGUAUAAGCCUAUUAAAAAUUCCUAUACACAAUUGUACGUUCAAUUAUUGUAAUUGAAAUUUACUCUGAAAAUGUUACCAUUAUUAUUAUUAUUAUUAUUAUUAUUAUUAUUAUUAUUAUUAUUAUUAUUAUUAUUAUUUUAUCCUCAAUGCUUAUUUUGACCCCGGCAGCCAUAGUAAGCGGGUCGAAGAUGGAUGAUGGAUGGAUGUUUUCUGAAUUUGAUUUUUACCGUUGACCUUGACAUGAAAUUAGAGUCUUUGACCUUGACGGCAGUGAAGCUCGUGCAUAACGAAGAGUCUGCGAUCCAUGGGACUGCUUCGCCAUCUGCUGGAUGAGAUAUAAAACGGCAUGGAUUCGGAAGCAGUGUUUUUCACACGUGGUUCAUUGAAUAUGCUACAUACCGCUAUGUUUUGCGAAGAGAAUUCAAUGUGGCCAAAUUAAGUGCAUUUCUAUUGAUUACAUUCUCUCUGUUUUUCGGCAAAGAGAUGGCCACAAGGAAUCCGUCCAUGCGCAGUGUGGCCCUAUCGCAUCGCUUCAAAGGCUACCGGCCGAUAUGGCCCAUUGUAUAUCUAUGACCGCGCUCCGUUCUCCUCCGUUCAGCAGCCCCUGGAUAUGCUAUUUGCUCUGUUCUGCCUCAGUUGUCGUAGGUAUAUACACUUAGAUCUCUAAACUGGCAGCAGUUCAAUUCUGUUACCACUUUACGGAUUCGUAGCUUUAACUGUUUUUCAUGUUUGUAAAUGAAGUCGAAGAGUGUGGAUUAUUCAUAUACAGUAAGAGUGAACAGACGGAACUUUGUUUAAUAUAAACACUUCAGAUAAAGUAUAUAUUUUUAUGGAACAGGGAUUAAUGGUGUGGUAUUUACAAUAUGUUAUUUAACCGUCCUUUUAAAGAGUAUGAGGGCGUUACACCAGUUUUAACAAAUGAUAUUUUUCACUGCAUUAAAAGCCGACAUUGUGUUACAUAUACAAUUACAAAGUAUUUGGGAGUAUGAUGACAUUUGCCUGCUUAUAUAAUCGUGAUUGUUGUUGUUUUUGCUGUUCUAAUUGUUCUUCUUGUUGUUAUAUAUUACAUUGCAUCGGCCUAAUAUGCGCUUCGAUCUGAAGUAUGUUUUAAAUCGGUUGUAGAACGCACGGAAUUGAAUUUAAUGUCAAGUGUGUGUUUUAAAGGCGUAUUUUAUGUUGUGCAUGUAUAAAUUAAGAAUAUCAACUUGCAUAAUUUGUCCAGGACUUUUUGAAGGAUACACAUUUCAUUGGUCUGAAUGAAAAUUUUAAAAAGCAACCCCUUAGUUUGUUGUAUGCUAUUAUUCAGGCGUACAAAUGGUGUCAUAAAACAGUUUUGUGAAUAGUUGCGAUCUGAAUAUAUUUCAAAAGUGCAUAAGGAUUGGAUGCGAUAUUUUUACAACACACUUUUUGACAAUUCAUUCAUGUCAUUGUGUUAGGUUGCAGUAAAUCCAUAAUAUUUAAAUUACUGAACCUACAUCAAAGCACAGACAUAGAUGAUUAUAGCUGAAAUACACACACAAACACACACACACACACACACACACACACACACACACACACACACACACACACACACACACACACAUGAAGCUUGUACAAAUCGAAAAAGCAUACUUCUUGUAAAGUUUUUACUUUACAGUAAAACACAGUACAGUUUCACCGAAAUGUUUUCCACACACAAGUCAUAAUGUUUUAUUUAAUAUAAUAACCAAUCCGUAUUUUAACAAUUAGUAAUGCAACAAUGUAUGAUUCAAUAAUUUAAAAAGUCACUACGUAUAAUUAUUGAUGUUCGUCCGUUUAACAUAGUAUAUACGAAGUGUAGUGUAUUAGUAUUUGCAAAUAUGAGCAUAAUUAUGAACACAAUGUAAAAGCUAUUGAUUAAUAUUGUUGUUAUUGAUUAUGAAGAUGAUGAUACUGAUCACGUUGUUGUUUAUUAUUAUAAAAUAGCACAAUAUAUAAGUAGAGGUAUAGUUUGUUUUAAUUUUUCUCAUUUUCGGAAGUUUAAUGGAAUGUGUCAAUGUUAUAUUGUUUUAUAUACGUCAACGACACAUAUCAAAUUAAAAUUGUAUAAUUUUAAGAAGGAUUCCCUGGACUAAAUUCCAUUUGUCUGAAUAAAAAUGAACGCCUCUUG